GCGGCGGCGGGGCACAUCCCCGGCGCUCGGGCAGAUCUGGCCUCGCGGCCCGCCCGGAGAGGCCACCUCGGUCCGCCCAGCGCCAGAGAACGCGGAGCAGGGAAAGGCCGGAGCGAGCCCUCCACGCCGGGGAGCGCACACCGGAACCACCCGGCCGGCACGGGGAGCGGAGGACCCGAAGCGCCUCGACACUGGCUGCGGGGACGCGUUACCCGGAGCGCCGCUGCCCGCCCCGCGGCCCGCCGGAGCUGCAUCCCAAAAGUUGUCACCAUCAGCAGCAGCAUUUGCCAGCAGAGAAACUGGACGUCUGGGGACAAGCUCGUGUUCCUUCCUCCACAGGCCUAAAUGGGUCAGUGAAGUACUUUCUGAAAGUUGCUGUGUGCCCACGGGGACGGCUGCAUUAUUCCCAGUGAUAAGAUGCACAAGAAAGAAAAACAGUUGAGAGUUUUAGAUGUGCUGAGUUUGAGAGGUUUCAAAAUAUCUUGUGUUUCAACUGGACACUGUUUUUUAAAUCUCUGAACAAAAUGAAUUUCAUUACAAGGCUUUCUGCUUUGUGUCUGAGGAAAAAAAGCAAUACGCAGCAAAGGCACCAGAGUAGUCGACGGCCAGCUGUUCCGCUUGGAUCACGGAUUUUAACUGACCCUUCUAAAGUUUUUGAGCACAACAUGUGGGACCACAUGCAAUGGUCACAAGAAGAGGAGGAGCAUGCCAAGGAAAAAGCAGCAGAGAACUCACUUGUGAAAGUCCAAUUGGAACACCAAGAUAAGUAUGAGAGAGAAGCCAGUAAAUAUUGGAAUGAAUUUUACAAGACUCACAAAAAUAACUUCUUCAAGGAUCGCAAUUGGUUGCUUUUGGAAUUUCCAGAAAUUCUUCCAGAAAAAAUGAGAGAACGGUUGAAAAUAGAGGAAAGACCUUCAGAACACAUGAAAAUAAAUACUACCAACAGUUUUUCGCACAAGAAUGAGAUGUUUGAGGAAGGAGAAAAAUAUCGGAAGAAAAAUACUGGAGAUGAUUCUACUUCUGUACAAGGAUAUGUAUAUAAUAAAAAGCAAUCAAAAUCUGUUGCUGACAGCCCUCAGGGUAAAAUCAGCAAGGAAGAAGUUAAUGUGCUAGAAUCCUUCCCUGGUAGCGAUGCCACUUACAGAAUAUUAGAGGUUGGUUGUGGCGCUGGAAAUAGUGUAUUUCCUAUUUUGAAAGUUCUAUGCAGUACACCUGGAACCUUUCUGUACUGUUGUGAUUUUGCUUCAGGAGCAGUGGAGCUGGUAAAGUCACAUUCGUCCUACAAUUCAGCCUGGUGUUCUGCCUUUGUUCAUGAUGUGUGUGAUGAUGCUUUACCCUAUCCUUUUCCAGAUGAGAUCCUGGAUGUCAUUCUCCUUGUCUUUGUGCUCUCAACUAUUCAUCCUGACAGGAUGCAACAGGUUGUAAAUAGAUUGGUUAAACUACUGAAACCUGGAGGAAUGCUGUUAUUUCGAGACUAUGGAAGAUACGAUACAGCUCAACUUCGUUUUAAAAAAGGUCAUUGCUUGUCAGAAAAUUUUUAUGUACGAGGAGAUGGUACCAGAGUAUAUUUCUUUACCAAAGAAGAGGUACGGAACAUGUUCAAUUUGGCUGGAUUAACUGAAGUACAGAAUUUAGUUGAUCGUCGAUUACAAGUAAAUAGGAAGAAAAAAGUGAAAAUGCAGCGAGUUUGGGUACAAAGCAAGUUCCAAAAACCAUUGCUGCGAUCUCUUAAUAAUCCUGAAGAAACCACCAAGAGGCAUCCUUAUGGAUAACUGUACCGUUAACUUCAGAAACUGAAACUGAAACAAAUCCGACAAAACCAAGGCAGGUGGUUGUGCAGUAUCUACAAAUCCACCAAAUCUGAAGAGGACAAAGAAACUGCAGGGCAGACAAGGAGACAGCAGGAGCUCUUGACACAAGUUUCUUCUUGUACUGGAAACCAUUUUGUUUCUGUUCUUUCUUUAGACUGCAUUUUUGCUAAGCUACAGAUUCUACUGUUUUAUGAUGACAAAAAAAUUUGUAACAAACUAUACUGAAAUCUGUACUGAAAACCAGUGGAGUCAAUUAACAUAAAUUCUGCUACUUCAUUUUGAUUUGUGAUGAGGUCUUCAUUCACUCCUCUGGUGUGCUCUUUGUUAUAUUGACAUAUCCUUCAUUUCCUCUUUUUUCUGUUUGUGGUAGGCAGUUGUUUCCACAGGAGCUACAUACACAAACAUUUGCAGUAAUUUGCUGGCUGACUUUUUUGUAGGAGUGAAGCGAGAGCGUUUUAUCUCCUGUACAGAGUGUUUAUUCUUCCUGUAUGAAUGCCAUGAGUAGUGUAGAUGCUCAAGUGCAGCAGUAUUGGUUGUUUUUUAUUAGUUUAAACUAAAAUAUACAGUAGUCUGUGGUGUCUGUAACGGUAGCAAUAAUAGUAGACAGUUCCUGAGUAGUGGAACAGCCUUAAGAAUAAACAAUGUAUAUUAUUAAAAAUAUUUAAAAUUUCAA